CUCAUGUGAUCUCUCACAGCCUGUUGGGAGUCCGCGGGGGAAGUAUGGCGCUUGGUGUUUGGUGCAUCGCCACCCUUUUUAGUUUCGUUCAUUUAACAGCGUUAAUUUUACCCGAAGAGGAAUAUCAAUUCAAACAGUGGAUUUUACAGCACAGCAAAGGCUAUGACAGCGAGGAGUAUUACCACCGGCUCCACAUAUUCACUGAGAAUAAGAGGGAAAUUGAUCAUCAUAAUGCUGGGAAUCACUCAUUCACAAUGGGCCUGAAUCAGUUCUCAGACAGGACAUUUGAAGAAUUCAGGAAAUUAUUCCUGAUAACAGAGCCUCAGAACUGUUCAGCUACUUCAGGGGGUCAUGUCAGCAGGGCUGGACCCUAUCCCGAGUUUGUUGACUGGAGGAUGAAGGGCAACGUUGUGACUCCAGUGAAGAAUCAGGGUCACUGUGGAAGCUGCUGGACCUUCUCUACUACUGGCUGUUUGGAGUCGGUAAAUGCUAUCGCUACCGGGAAGCUCGUUCCUCUGUCUGAGCAGCAGCUGAUAGACUGUGCCAAAGACUUCAAAAAUUUUGGAUGCAUGGGAGGCCUCCCCAGCCAGGCGUUUGAGUACAUCAAAUACAACAAUGGUCUCAUGACAGAGGAGGACUACCCCUACAAAGGCUAUGAUGAUACUUGCCAUUUUGAGCCGGCUCUUGCUGCUGCUUUUGUCCUGGAUGUCGUCAACAUAACAAGUUAUGAUGAGAAGGCCAUGGUCGAUGCUGUGGCCCGACUCAACCCUGUGUCCUUUGGCUUUGAGGUCACAUCUGAUUUUAUGCACUACAAAGAAGGUGUUUACACCAGCACCCAGUGUAAGAACACAGCAGACAUGGUGAAUCAUGCAGUCCUGGCUGUGGGUUACGGUGCUGAAGAGAACGGCACGCCAUAUUGGAUUGUGAAGAACUCCUGGGGCCCCACCUGGGGAACUGACGGAUAUUUUUUGAUCGAGCGAGGAAAAAACAUGUGCGGCCUGGCUGCAUGCUCUUCCUACCCGCUACCUUUAGUUUAGGAAACAUGACAACAGAGGGAGGGAGUGAUGUAACUCAGGAAAACCCAAAGACAACAUACAUGGCGUGAACCCGAUGGGUAGUUGGGGCUUUUAAGUGUUUAUGUGGAAGUUUAAUUUCUUAACAAUAUGUGCAUUACCAGUGAAAGUUUUCAUCUUUGUGUGUCACACUCUCAACAUUACAUUUGUUUUAAUAUUGUAACUAUGAGUGCUUUUCCUUGUUUGCAGUUGGGAAGUCUUCAUUUAUUGUUUUUUUUUCAUAAUGUUGUUGCCAGGUUCUUAAAAACAAUCCAUUUUAUUCAUGACUAUACAAAAAGUGUAUUUCAUUGGAUAAAGUGUACUUGUGCAGGCGCUUGUACCAUGCAGAACUUUUUUUAAAGUAAAAUAGUAGACACAGCCAAUUUACCAACACUGUAACAUGCAUGGUGUUCCACUGAGCCAAAGACCAAUGAGAUCUUGUUAUGGCAGAUCAUCUAUGGCUCAUUGACUUAAUUUUUCAGUGAGUGGCCUCUUUAUGUCUCCAGAAUGACUAAAUCAAGAGUGUAAGAAUCUUGUCUUCAAAGACAAGAACAGGCUGUUUCUCGAACCUCCACAGUAUCUUCUCUAACACGCUCACUUACAUGAACAAACAUUAGAGACGGUCAAGCACUAAAAGGACAUUAAGGUGUCAACUGAAAGAUCAAGCAGUUAUUUGUAUUCAUUUUUUACAUAUGCUGUUAAUAAACAUUUCUCCCCUUA